CUAAGACUCUAAGGACGAAAAUGAGGUCUCAAGUACAACUUUUAAAAUAUCUUGACGCUUCGAAUGAGUUGGUUUAUUCAAAUGGUCAAAAACAAGCUUCGUUGCAUGUGAAGUAACCUUGCAGCUUCUGAUAUCUUUUAAUGGUUUACCUGACUCCUCCAGCCAAUCAAAUAACCAGAAACCAUCCCUCCAAGGUGGGAGAUGAGGGAAGGAGAUCAAACGCACGUGAACUGCAUGUGCACGAUCUUUCCAUGCCUUUAAAGGAGUUCAGGAGAACAACUUAGCCAAAGGAAGGCUAUUUUCGGCAAUGCUUUACCCAAGUUCCGUAUAUCGUACCUGUUCUUCAUACAAGGAGAUAUAAAAUAUAAAAUUAUAAAAAAUGAGGCCGUUGAGCCCUUCGAAUCUUUUGUUUGCGAGAACGUUUUCAUUACACGAGUUGGCAGCCUCUCCUUUGACUGUCACGCAGCACGUCGCGUGACACUCUAAAGAAGACUUGCGUUGAAGACUGGCUAACUUGUUGCUGGAAAUUUUUUGUAGAGCUGGUCAUAUCUGUCCUCAAAGCGAGGUAGACUCUGCGGGAAAGGGCGGUUUUUAUGAAUUUUUUGUCCCUCUUCUGUCUAGUUUCAACGGAAAGUUGGAGGGUAUGGCGACUUAUAACAACAAAGUCUCUUUAUAGUCACGUGGAGAGUAUUCCAAAAUGCUCUGAUUACUGGGCUGAAAGGCCUGGGGGAUUUUGCACUUCUGAUACGAUCAUUACAUUUAGCGGUGAAUGUCGUUCCAGUUUAGAAGGUAUUAGAGGAUUUCAUCAUGCCAGAAGGACCAGAACUUUACAAAAACAGCCAAUUCGUGAACAAGGUUUGUAAAGGACUCAUUUUCAGUGGCAAGAUUGUGAAAUCAGCCGUUAGCACCAAAAACCCAGAUGUUUCAUUUCCCACCAUGUGUGACUAUUGCAUAACCUCAGAAUCCAGAGGUAAAGAAACAGCGCUGAUUUUAACUUCAUUGAGCUCCGAUGGUGACGGAAAUCAGACAAAAAGAGGAAACAAUUUCGAAAAGCAGAGAUUGAGGAUUCUUUUCCGAUUUGGAAUGUCUGGAAAGUUUACGUUUGGUGCAGUAAAAGACAUGCAUAAACAUGCUCACUUGAACUUCUUUACUAAGGAGAAACCAGUUAUGGUGCUGAGUUUUGUAGAUGUUAGAAGAUUUGGUCGGUGGGAAGUAACAGAGAAAUGGUCUGACAAUCGAGGGCCUGAUCCAAUGUUUGAAUACCAAGAAUUCAGAUCAAACAUUCUUGAUAAUCUAGAAGACACAGUGUUCAACAAACCUCUUUGUGAAGUCAUGCACAAUCAGAAGUAUUUUAACGGAAUUGGGAACUAUCUUAGAGCUGAGAUCAUUUUCCGGGCUGCUGUUCCUCCAUUUAGCUCUGCAAGAUCAGUGCUGGAAAAGCUUCUAAUAAAGCAGGAGGAAGGCAUAUCCAAGGUCUCUAAAGGAAAAAAAUGUCAAGUUGAUCAUCCAGACUUUCUAGAACUUUGUAAUUUAGUACCCAAAGAGGUUAUUAAUCUGCCAUAUGAACCCUCAGGAAACUAUUCAGAUUAUUCUGCAUUCAAUGAGUGGCGUCAAUGCUAUUACAUUCCAGAGAUGAGGAACAUUGUGGACCACGAUGGAAGAACCAUUUGGUUUAAGGGUGAAGCUGGACCUUUGGUCCCUAAAGAUGCCAAAUCAAGAGGGAUGCACGCUCUUUCUAGAAAGAGGAAGACAGAGAAGGUUAAAAAAGAAAUCAAUGGAGAUGUGGAAAUUAAAGUGGCAAGAAAAGAUCAUGCUCCACCAAAGAAAAAGAAAACAAAGAAAUCACCAAAAGCCAUAGUGAAAAAAGGUAAGAGCUCUCAACAGGUAUCGUUUCUAAAGGACACUGUAACCCUGAAGAAAAAAGUGGACACCUUUUUGAAAGAAGAGGGGGAAAUGAAAAUUAACUCAAAGCAUUUCAUUUUCUGUUGCAAUUAUUGCUCAAAAUUUGUUUUCUUGUAUAAAGACAAUCUAUUUGGGCACUCAGAGAAGGGCAUCCUCUUGUGACGGAGUGGGGGCUUCUGUGAAACUGAUGCUUGCCACUUGCAUUUCUCUGUGACUUCUCACCUAGCUGCUUGAAAGCCUCAAGUGCCCUGCCAUACCAUUACCCUCCUUCUGUACUUCACUGAACCUAUCUAAUUUCUAUUCUUCAUCCCAAUCCAAACCCCCUCUUUCAGAAUGCCCCAUACCUAUAAAUCCUGUCUGUAGGAGGGGCUUCCGGAAAUGACAACCCAAAGGACAAACUGGGAUUCAGUUUUUUUAGUCAGACACUCUAUUUCCUCGGUAUUUUGCUUUUUUGUUCUUCAUGUCUAGAUCCGAAAAAGAAAAUGGUUGUUAGAAAAAAGAGCAAAGAGAAGAAAUCUUCUGGAAAGAAGCAGACCGCACCUGUCAGAAGAAGCCUUCGUCUUAACAAAGAUGUUUGCAAGUAACCCAACUAUCCAGAACACGCUGGCAAGAUGCUCUGUGCUACAAUUAUUCGUAUUUACUACAGGAGGGAACCUUUCAUCGUUUUAUUUCAACUGUGUUCAAAUUUUCAGUGAAUAAGAGCCAAACGGAAGAAACACUGAGGAAAAGGGGUGAAAACCAUCUUGGCAUGAAAGCUGUUUGCUGCCAAGGCUGCCAUAAACUCAAAACCAACACGAACUCACCCAAAUUAUUCUAGGGUCAGAAAUUGUUAGACGCGGAAAUUCACUUCUACAAGUUUGUGUUCGUAUAAAUUUUAUUACAAACAAUAGCUAAACGUAACACCAAAAGCAAAUAGUAAAGCGCAAAAUAUUCACCUUUCAAAACAGAUUUGCUAUUUGUUACAGGAACCUUGAGGGAUUUCACAUUAGUCUUGGGGAAAAAAUAAAAUCAGACUUCACUUUGGAAUCAAACGAUGAGUUGAAUUAAUAUUAGUCUCUUUAGCUCCAGCAGGUUUCCAACAGCAAAGAUUGUUCGCUGUAAACAUUAGCAAACAAAAUCUUUAAACAAAGGUAAACCUGCUGGGUAGAGUUUUGAUGUUCAUAAAGUGUACAAGUAAGUCAUCUGGUUCUAUAAAUAUCGUGUUUGAAGAGUUUUUCGCGAACAAGUCUUAGACUUAAAAACCUGAUAAGUAAGCUUUAGGCCAAGAAAAGUUGCUUAAGAAAACUGUGUCACAUUUUUUCCAGCUACUUCGCGAAGGAAAGUUGCCUGAGUAAAUGUGAUAUUGUAAAUACUUCUUUAGUAUCUCCCAAGGCUGAUGCCGAAAGUGAAACAUUCGCUUAAGGUGAAAUGUAACUCUUAGUGCGUUGUAUUAACAUGAAAAACACAAGGCACGGAACCUACAAAAUACGAAGGCGUUUACAUCUUAA